UUAAAAGAAAAAGGUAAAGGAGGAAUAAAACCACGCAACAGUUCAAGAUCAGGAUUUUCGAGGGGUAGAAGAGGUCGAGGAACCUACUACAGAGGUGUUGGGAGUGAUCCGCACGCGGAAGGCCGGGGAAGAGGUCGUGAAGAACAGAGAGGUCGAGGAUCAGUUAACGACGGACAGAGGCGGUCACGUGGAAGAAGGGGUAAUUUCGUCCUCCUUCCUCUCUCCCUAAAAAGAGUUUGAGGCCGGUUUUUUUUCCGCCCUGGCUCCUCAUCCCUGCCUCGGGAUGAAUUUUUGCGAAAGCGUGGCUUUUCUGUUGUGAACCUUAUGGCCUCAGUGCAUUUCUGAAUCGUCUUAUGAAUAUUUAAAACAAGCGACUGGGUUUUAACCAGGGGAAUAGUGAAUAUCAACCCGUCCCCUAAUAUUAUAGUCGCACAUUAAUUUCCAACGUCGCUCAGGUGAUUAUGUGACUCGUUGUGGAGGGCCGGGCGAUAAACUCCAUAUCCAAGAUGAGUAAAUUGCCCCGUGUUAGGUUCCUUCGUAAAGCUUUUCGAAUUAGCGCCACGUGAAAGGGGAGGUGCUGCUCGGUCCUAGGCAUCAUUUUUGGUAUCGUGGUCCUCAAGGCUACAAUUGUAGUUAAAUCUCACGUACGGUGGCCCAGAAGGGUCACACAUGCAAAUUAAAAAUGUUGCUGCAAACUAAAAAUUUUACCUGCAAAUUAAAAAUAGGACAUGCAACUUAAAAAUUGUACAUGCAAACUAAAAAUAUUACAAACAUGAAACAUGAAUGGACCGACGGCUGUAAGGCUAGGUCGCACGGCUCGGACCAGGGGCCCGUUUCUCGAAAGUCCCGGUAACUUUUCGGGCCCGAAAUCAAAUAUUCAAAUCGAAAUAUAAAGAAUAAGAGCGCGGGUCCCGGCUAGCAAACUACUCCAUUUUGUUUCACUAACUGAUAGUUUUAUCAUGCUAGAUGCAAAACUAUUGAAACCUCGAUCUUUAAUGUAAACGGAGACAGCUUACCAGGCCCGUUAAUUAUCGGGACUUUCGAGAAACGGGCCCCAGGUCCUCAUCACUCAUACCGCGCGCGCAGGACUUCUUUAGUUUGCAUGUACUAUAUUUAAUUUGCAGGUAAUAUUUUUAGUUUGCAUGUACAAUUUUUAAUUUGCAUGUACUAUUUUUAAUUUGCAGCAACAUUUUUAAUUUGCAUGUGUGACCCUUCUGGGCCACCGUACUCACAGGAUAUAAACCGUUGCUAUAACCUGAACGACCCGCUCAUGUUAACUUUUAAGUUAACUUGAACAAAAUAGCCCACUAUGUUUGCUACAGAAUUUGGUAAAAGAGAAAGGAGGUAAUUUAUCAUUUUGUUGAACAGAUGCAGCUUCUCGUGGAUUCAUAUUGGACACUAGAUAUGAGCCAAACAAACUUUAUGUUUUGGGUUUAAACAAAAUAACCACCAAAGAUGGUUUAAAGAUGUUCAUGGAGAGAAUCAGUGAGUGUGAUGUCAAACAUAUUCUUUGGUUUAAGCCAAAAGGAAAGGCCAUUGUGACACUGAAUCGUCGAAUUUCAGGUGGGUAUGUGGUCGCUGAUUUCAAGGUUAUCAACGAUAAGUUUCUGGGAUUCUUACUUUUUGUAGCCUGCAAAAAUAAGCUUUAGUAUAAUCUGCAGAAUUGUCGUCAGUUUUUGUGUUAUUCAGGUGAGCGAGGGUAAGCGCGAGGCUGGCGUGGAACGUCAGUAUGCGCCACAGACAGUUUUUCGCCUUCCUUCCGUCCCUGCUGUCUGGUGGUCCAUGCCCGCCCCGUGCUUGCCCUCGCUCGCCUGAAAAACGCAAAAAUAACGGCAGUUAAUUCUGCAGAUUAUAUCAAAAGAGAUUUGAAGAGCAUCGAAAAUGAAACUCAAAUACAUACAGUGAAGGAACCAAAGCUAAGCGACAAGAAAGGUUGUUUUGCAACGUGCCAACCGCCAACUACCGUGAUAAUAAUAUUAUUCAAUCAAUGAUUGCGCAUACAGACCUCCAAACUGGUUCGAUUCCUGACCGGACUAACACGCAAAGGUUUUACGUAACUGAGGAUAGUAGAAGGUAAAUAAAUGCCUUUGUUUUGCAUCUGCAGUGGUUUAAUAGACCUUCUACGGUCUUCAUGAUCACCUUUACGAUAUGCUUGUUCUGGGACUUGAAAAGAAAAAGAAGAAACACUAAGCCGGACAUAACAACCUUUGGCAAUGAUUCCCCUUAAGUAGUGGGUUAGAGAUGCUUUACUCCUUUUUUGUGGAUUUAAUUAACUUUUUUAGUGGUAUACGUUAACGCCGAGGACGUCAUGCAUCUUAUUAAGAUAGGAUGGUGUCAGAAUACCCUAGGGGUUGACGUCAUCAAAAAGCAUUGAAAUCAUAAUUUAUAAAUAGAAAAGUGAUAUCAUGUCCCUACUUGGUCAUGAUGAUGCCAUAAUUUAUUCAGGUAAGAUGAUAUCAUGGUUUAUUUUAACCAGUCACUGAUUGGUUGGUGUAAAAUAAACAAAAAAGACCUAGAGGUAAACUGAAAAAUCUUUAUUUCAAUUUUGCUUGGCCAUUAACAAAACCGUUCUUUCUAGUCCCGGUAUUUGGUGAUCUGGCAUCUGAUUAGCAUUUGGCAUCUGAUUCCCUUUCACGUGCAUUACGUGUGUUAUCACUCAUUAAGUAGAUUAAGUCUUGGUUCUAAGUCUUUGUGAAUUUUAUGCAAAUUUUCCAAAAUCGUUGUUAAAGACAUCCUACAGGAAUAAUUAAUGGUAAGGUAAAAUAACCUUUAAAAAACUUGAAAAAAGAAAUCCAAAUUCCCAGGUCAUGUGAUCGACCGCGCCCUCCUCUGUUCGAAAAUUGCAACCAACGAUUCCCACCACUUGCUAAACGUGUAGCUCCAGUUUCUCUUAAUCAAAACUUUGACACUACAAAGUGUCUACGAAAUCAGCUCGGAAUGGUUGGAAUCUUCACACUUUGUUGGUGCAAUUGGUGCUCACUGACUAAUGCCAGUCCUCGUCUAACUAAAAUUGUCGUCAGGACAAAGAAAAAAUGACUUCGUCUCAUUCCAAUCGUUUUUACAAGAAGACUAUCAGUAGCCACUGUUUGGACCUACUAAAGGACAACAGUUUGCUUUCUACAUUGUGGACAUUUCGAGCCAAAGGAUUUCUCGAUAAAAUAGGGCGUGCCUGGUCACGUAAUGCGGUUUAUAAAUCAUUUUUAGAAUGAAGUUUUUUUAUUAUGUAUUUUUUUUUUAACUGAGCCUAAAAAACAGAAUUGUUAAGAAUACAUCACAGAAUACAUCAAGGAAAAUUAACGGAGUUUUGGAUACGUAACUACAAAAGACGCUCGGAGGCCAGGAAAAACCCCCACAAAAAAAAACCCGCGAGAGAUGGGGAAAAAUAGAGGAAACCUGGGUAGGAACAAAGCCAAAAAAAACCUCCACGACCUUCCUACGAAGCCGAAACAAUAACAAUAAUAAACGAAAAUACACACAUCAUAUAUAAAUUCAUUGAACGUAGAUCAAACUACAAUAGAGUUAAGCGCUAUUUUUAAAAUCAAUCAACUGAUCUAAAUAAAUCCUAAAUAUAUAUAAAAUUAAAUUACACGCAGAAAAGGAAGCGUAACGACUGAGAAUGACUCGCAUACUAAACAGCCAUAUUUAUACUAGAACACAAAUACCUCUUAGCACGUAUUAAAACAACAAUUGCAUUUAGGAAAUACUGGAGACACAAUCAUACAAAACAUCUCACAAUUAAUUCAUGCAACAGCUACAAUAACAGCGAACAGAAAUCAAUUCUCUUCUAAUGCUAGGCAACCGAAGGGAAUUUACAACUAUAAAAAAUGAGGAGGAGGAGGAGGGGUAAGUAAAAAAUAAUGCAUAGUGUCAAAAAGAACUACAUUGCCUUUUUUGGUCUACUUAAUAUAUAUUUCUUUAAAAUCACAAAGUAUUUUUUUUUUUUUGCAAUUACUAAAGGGUCAUAAAGUUGAUUUCCUGUGUCUUUAAAAGAAACGUGUCUGGUUUUAUUGCGAGCAUUUAUUCGUCGCAUGUUUCAAUUAAUCCUUCCUAAGUUUUUUUAUUAUUAUUAUUGUUUUGUGUUUUAUGAUAACAUGUCAAGGCUGUCUCUUGGGUCUAAGGGACUGUUUACAUGGAGGUGGGGGACCCCAGGUAGGUGAGGUAACUCGCUUAGGUGGGGUAACCCGCCUGUCCAUAUAAUCUCUCAUUUAAAUGUGAUCACGUUUACAUGUUAGGUGGGGUGACCCGCCACAUGUUACCUCUACUGCGUGGGGUCCCCCAACUCCGUGUAAAUAGGCCCUAACUUUAGAGCCAAUUUGUGUGCAAAUGUCAGCACAUUGUUGUUCUUCACGUUUGAAUUUCUAUGCAAAUGUGCAUUGUUAACUCGCAUAAUUAACCGACUAACGGCGCGUGAAACAAGACCCCCUUCAGGAGUCUGUCAUUUCCUCGAGAUAGAAUGGAGAAAAAGGUCAGCAGAAUAUGGCCCGUAAGUCCUUUUCGUCCAUGACGUCAUCGGCGUUAAUUUUACCACUGAAAAGUGAAUUAAAUCCACAUAAAAAAAAGUAAAACAUCCCUACCCCACUACUUCCUUAGUGUCUGUUCCUGGGCCACACUAUAUAAAUUGGAGCCCAGCCCCGUCGUUAUUGUGAUGGUCUUCGCACGCCAAUGUGGUUAAUUUAGUUUUAAAAAUAAACUUUUUCAGGUUUUGCAGCUUAUUGUGAUUGCAAUUUAUUUUUUCAGAUUACAAAUAUGAUAAAAUUCGCGAAGAGGCUAAGAAUAGGAAGCUGGACUAUGAGUUCGUGUUAAUUGAAAGAGCACCGGUCUGCAAGAGCAUCUUCGUGAAAGGAAUUCCAGAGGACACUCCCCAAGAGACUAUUGAAAAGUACUUUGAUAAGUUUGGUGUGGUGGAAAAGUUGGUGUCUAACACAACAGAGGUCAAAGCAAAAAAGGCGAAAGAGAAAAGAGCGAUCUUGUAUUUCAAGAAAGAGAAAAGUAAGAUUAAUUUAAUUUCUUCAUAG